AUGAUAGCAGCACAAUGGAAAAUUAUUGGUAAUUCAACUUAUAUUAAAAAAGAAAUUUAUAGUAUGAGUUGGGAUGUAGAUUUAAAACAACAAGUUUCAGUUGGUUCUCCAUUUGCAGGUCCAAUAGCUGUAAUGAGAGAUUCUUCAAAAUUUGUUGAAAUGAACUCUCAAAAUAUGAAACCAUAUUUAAAAAUUUUUACAGCAUCUGGUGAUUUAAUUUCUCAAAUGAUUUGGGAUUCAUCAAAAAAUAUAGUUGCAAUGGAUUGGAUUGAAAAAGAAAGAUUAGUUAUAGUUUUACAAAAUGCAACAGUUUUAAUAUUUAAUGUAUUUUGUGAACAAAUGACACAAUUUUCAUUAGGUGAUAUAGUUAGAGAGGAGGAGAUAUUGGAAUGUAAGAUAUGGAGUGAUGGCAUAGUUGUAUUGACAUCAGCAUCACAAUUAUAUUCAGUACCAUCGAUUAAUGAUUUCUUUGUAGAGAGUGGUCGUGUAAUUAGAUUACCACCAUUACCAGAGGAGCCAAAGGCUAGACCGGAAUGGGCGAUAUUGGAGCCACAAUUCUCGUUAUCCCAAUCGAUUGAGAUAUUCAUGUCAAUCAAUGGCACACUUUAUUUAAUUGAUGAAGAUAAAGUUGAGAGUCAAUUAGAGGCGACCGAGCCCAUUCAAAAGAUGGUGGUAUCGCCAUGUGGCAAAAAGUUGGCAUGCUUCGAUACCAAAGGGACAUUACUGAUUUUAAAGACCGAUGGGUCGACCACCAACCCCGAUCGUAUGGACACAAAAGCCACCAAAUCACCAGUAUUGAAAUGGUGUGGUAGCGACGGGGUUAUGAUGUACUGGGACUCGAUUAAGGACCCAAUCCUAUUCUACUUUUCCAAAGGUGACAGUUGGGCCAAAUUCACAUUGGACCAACCAGUUUCAUUAGUCACUGAAAUCGAUGGUCUUAGAAUCAUAUCCGAUACGACAUCGGAAUUCUUUCAUAAAGUAUCUGAUGUCACAAUCGAUAUCUUUAAAAUUGGCACAACCAGUCCUGCAAGUAUACUAUACGAUGCAACAGAUCAUUUCAUUUCAAAAUCUCCACAAGCCGAUGAAUCAAUUCGUUCAAUUAAUGAUCAAUUGGAGGAUGCAGUAAAUGAUUGUAUUUUAGCAGCAGGUUUUGAAUUUAAUGGUGGUGAACAAUCUAAACUAUUAAAAGCUGCAAGCUUUGGUAAAUGUUUCCUCGAGAAUUACAAUCCUUCACAAUUCGUCACAAUGUGUAGAUCACUACGUGUAUUGAAUGCAGUACGUCAUCAUGAAAUUGGUAUACCAUUAUCAAUCAAACAAUACUACCAUAUUGGUAUUGAAGAAUUAAUCGAUCGUUUAAUUAGCAGAAGAAAACAUCUACUAGCAUGGCGUAUUUGUGAUUAUUUAAAAAUUAAAUCAGAUGUUGUAUUAAAUCAUUGGGCUUGUACAAAAGUUAGAACCGAUAUACCAGAUCAAGAAUUGGGUAAAAUUAUCAUUAAAAAGUUGGAAUCUGUACCUGGUAUUUCUUUUGCAAACAUUGCAUCUGCAGCUUAUUUAGCUGGUAGAAGUAAAUUGGCAACUAAAUUAUUAGAGUAUGAACCAAAGGCUGCAGAACAAGUACCACCAUUGAUUAAAAUGGGUGAAAGUGGUUUAGCAUUAAAUAAAGCUAUAGAAUCUGGUGAUACUGAUUUAGUUUAUUUAGUAUUGCUAGCAAUGCAAAGAUCCCUACCAUUGGCUGAUUUCUUAGAAUUAACAUUCAGUAAAGUGGUUGCAUUGGAUUUACUAAUUUCAAUGUGUAAACAAAAGAAUGAUUUCCCACUACUAAGAGAGAUCUACCAUAUUAAAGAUCAGUCAAAAGAAAUGGGUAAUAUCUAUCUUCAAGAAGCAUUAUCCUCCCACCCAUCUCAAUUGGAUCAAAGAAUUAAAGCAUACAAUAAAUCCAUCGAGCAUUACCAUCACUCAAAGGAUAAAGACGAUCAAGCCACUUCAAAAUUCAUUGAUGAUCAAAUUAAAUUGGAAAUGUUACAAAAGGAAUUAGAAACCAAUUUACAAGAUGAAUCAUUCGUUGGAAUUUCAAUCAAUGAUACAAUCUAUAAAUUAAUCACUAUGAAUCAACCAAAGAAAGCUCAAUCAAUUAGAUCAGAAUUUAAAGUUCCUGAUAAAAGAUUUUGGUGGAUUAAAAUUAAAGCUCUUUCAAUUAUGAAUGAUUGGGAAGAAUUAAUGAAAUUUUCAAAAGAAAAAAAAUCUCCAAUUGGUUAUGAACCUUUUGUUGAAGUUUGUCUUGAUCAAAAAAAUCAAAUUGAAGCUUUAAAAUAUAUUCCAAAAAUUACUGAUAUUUUACCAAAAAUUCAAUUCUAUAUUCAAAUUGGUUACUUUAGAGAAGCUGCUGAUAUUGCUUUUAAAGAGAAAAAUUUUGAUCUUUUAAAUCUUAUCUCUAGAAAAUGUACAAAUAAUGAAAUUUUAAAUAUUAUUGAACAAAUGAAAUCACAAAUUAGAAGAUAA